GACAAUCUGUUAAUACAUACGAGAGGUCAGUGUACGUCACGUAGUUAUUAUUCAGAGUUGAGGAUUUUGUGGAAAUUUAUCUGUCUGGAAGUGUAACGAAAAAAGAUUCCUGAGACUCUCUCGCGGCAAGACAUUACGGGAAAAUAACGCGGAGGUCUCAGGUUCAGCGAAUUUCAUAGUUUGAAGACUUCCCGUAAGAAAGAAGUGUCCGCGGUACAUCGAGUGCUAUAACGCUGGUCGCAUGUAAUUGUGGUAUUGCGUUUGAAAAACUUUAUUUUAUUAAAGGCACAGCCGUCUAUUUGGCGUCUGUGAAGAGAGGACAAGAGUGUGUGAUAGGUUAUGUCAACUGGAUUGGCAGGUGCUGUUUCAAAUCAGCGGAUGAAAGGACAAACUAACAGUCAAGUGAGCAAUGGUCCUAAAGAACACCAGCAGCAACCACAGACAGAACAUGCUGGUGGAGAAGAUACUGGAUUUGAUUCAUGGAGAGGAGGCAAUAGUACACAUCAUUCUAGUUAUCCAAUUGGAACUGGUGAUCCAUAUAGUCCUUACUAUGCAGGUACUUCAUUCCCUUAUCAAACAUUUGGCGCUGGGGAUGGUACUUGGUCAAAUGGAACAGACCCCGUUGCGUUUCUUUCUGGCUAUGGAGGUCAAAUAGGUCACGAUGCAUAUGGCAUGGAUGGAAUGUUUUCUGCUAGUGCAGGAGGUGGUUUUAGUACAUUUGGUCAACCUGCUUUUAAUUAUUUUCAUGGAAAUGGUGAUUUUAGUGCUUGGGGCACUCCAAGAAAAACACGCUAUGAAGAUUAUUAUCAGGCUCCACGUGGAAAUGAAAAUUAUCCAACACCUAGUAAUGCAGAAAUUAAGACUAUUGAACAAAGUGUGCAAGGCUUGUCAUUAGGAAGUGGAGAAGUUCCACGUCAAGAACAAACUUCAUCUAAUCAAUCAAUAAAACCAGAAGCAAAAGAACCUAGAAAGAUAACAUGGGCCAGUGUUGCAAGUCAACCUGCAAAGCCUGUUCCUCCACUUUCAUCUUCUCAAGGAAUGAAAAAAAAGGCUGGAAUGCCACCACCACCUAUUGUGCCAGGGAAGCACAAUAUGGAUAUUGGAACAUGGGGUGAAGGUAAAUCUUCUGCACCUCCUCCAACAGCACCACCGCCACCACAAGUACAGCCUCCUGUUCCACCACCCCCGCCAUUGGCUCAGAGACAGAGACCUCCUCCUCCUCCACCAUGUUGGAAUAGACAACCUACAACACCUCCAUCACCUCCACAAUCGCAGAUUCAUAUGCCUCCACAACAACAGCACCAACACCAACAGCAGCAACAACAACAACAACAACAGCAGCAGCAGCAGCAACAACCUCAGCAACAACAGCAGCAACUGCAGCCACAACAGCAGCAAAUUACACAAUCACAGUCGCAUCCUGUCUUAGAUAAGCUGAAAGUGAAGAAUGAUUAUAAUCCUGUAGAAUUUGAUGAAACUGCUCCUGGAGCUAGGUUUUUUGUAAUCAAGUCUUACUCUGAGGAUGAUAUUCAUAGAUCCAUUAAAUAUGAGAUUUGGUGCAGUACUGAGCAUGGUAAUAAAAGAUUGGAUCAAGCAUAUAAAGAAGCCAGUUGUGAAGGUGCGCCUUUAUAUUUGUUCUUUUCUGUCAAUGGAUCUGGUCACUUUUGUGGUAUGGCACAAAUGGUGUCACCUGUUGAUUAUAAGAGCAAUAGCUCUGUAUGGUCUCAAGAUAAAUGGAAAGGCCAAUUUCGUGUACGUUGGAUUUAUGUUAAAGAUGUUCCUAAUGUGCAACUUCGUCACAUUAGACUAGAAAACAAUGAAAAUAAACCAGUGACUAAUUCAAGGGAUGCACAGGAAGUCCCUCACGCAAAAGGCAUAACAGUGCUGCGUAUAUUACAUACUUAUCGACAUUCAACUAGUAUUUUUGAUGACUUUGGACAUUAUGAACGUAAACAAGCAGAAGAAGAUCAACGUAAGGCUCCAUCAAAUGCUAUACAACAUCAUCACUCUUCCAAUCAUAGAAAUAGAGGACAUUCAGAUUUAUCAAGGGAUCAUCAUCCUCAUCAAUCGCAUUUACAUCAUCAACGCAAAGAUCGGGAUGGUGGUCGUGGUAGAGGCAGAGGAGGUUCACGCCAGUAGCGAUGGAUACAACAAGAAUAUAAUACUGUUCAUAAUAGUAAUCAUCGUAAAGAAAGCAUGCUACGACUAAUUAUCGUCUUACUACUUACCUUUGCUUUCUUGGAUACACAAAAGGCUUCUAAUUCCUGUGAAAACUUGUCAUCAUUGAGACUAUUUCCUUCUGUUAAAUAAUCAACUUGUAUGAUAAUUAGCGUCAUGACGGCAUCAUAAAUAUUAUCUGAUCAUAACUACCAUGAAGAAGAACGUAAUUCAAUUUCAAGGGAUAUUGGGUAACCUUGCUGACAGUUAUAAGCAUAUAGUGUGGUGUUGCGUGCUAUUCAUCGAAAGGUGUUUCUUAAACGUACAAAUUAAAAAUGAGAGAAAAAUGAAAUAUGGAACAGAAGAAAAAACUGUAAUAUAUGGACUAACCCUUGUAAAAUGCUUAAACUUUUGUUGAUAAUGAAAAAAUCUAUGCGAGAACAAUAUUGUAAGCAAGUGUCAUUUAAAUCAAUUACCAUUUUAAACUUUGAUGGACAUAUAACCUGGUGCCUGUGGCUGAAAGGACUCACCUUUCUUUGUUAUAAAGGUGCAAGGGCUUAUUACAACGUUUUAAGUUUAUGUGUAACAAUUAUGCUUGAUCAUUGGAUAAUAAUAGAAAUUAUUGUCAACUGAUUA